GGACACUAGCCACACCACCGUCGGCAGCACCCAAAAAUUGGAGCAGGAGGCAGGGCAGGACUUCCUUCAACCACAACACAAACAUUAACGGGACCAUACUUCAGAUAUGCAACAAAACAAACAAACGGUUGCCACAGGUAUUUGAUAUACACCAGAGAAACCAAUCAAGGCAAAUCUCCCACACAUGCUUCAGAUCUUUUGCCUCGUUUUCGGAUGUCACCUUGAAACUACCAAGGGAUCCUUGUUUAUGAUGGAUGACACUGCCACGCCGGCCGACUGUGAGUCACUGCCCUUUCUCCUGGGAAGUGAUUUGGAAUGAAUGAGCGCAACGACUCCGAACAACGGAUCAAAUUGGGAUCGUGGUGUGAAGAAAAAAACGAUUCGGGUACAAUAAGCACAUGAUAUGGUGACAUGGAGAAAGAUCGAUUCGAGUCAUCGAGUGGUGACUAUUAUUUUCUUUCGGGUAUUGUGACUCUCAGGAUUAUUGAGAAAGGGGGUAUAAGUAGAAUAUCUUCCGCUUUCACUUCAUCUUUUUUACUUUCUUAUCGUUAAUUCGAUCUCUGGUGCUCUGUCUAUCCUUUGGGGCUUACUCUACUCUACUUUACUCUACUCUACCUCUUGGUUUUGGGAUAUUGUUGUUACCUUUGCAUAGCAUCUACACAACAAAACUUCUAUACUCCAAAUCUCCACUCAACCCCAAAGUAACACUUUCACUUUCAUUUUCGCAAUGGUCACAACAAAAUUAUCCUCUUCUUCUUCUUCUUCCUCCUCCCCUCCCCUACCUCAUACUUCAGACUCCACUCCUCCCAUCCACCAUCGACAAAACCGACGUCGCGAGCGGCCAGGUUCACGCGCCCGUCGCACCAUCUCCCGCAAAUCUGCCCUCGCCACCGAUCUCAACGAAGGCAUUCUCGAAGCUCGAGACUCUGACUUCUAUAUUCCAAAUCAUAGACCCGGCAGUGGGCCCUCUCCAAUACUAAGACAAAGCUUCGAUCAAAGUUGGAUGAGAUGGAAGGCCAGACAAGCAGCUGAGCUAGAACAUUUGGCGAUCAAACAGAACAUGCGACAAUUGGAGAUGGAGAGACAAACAAUGGUGAGGGAAGCGAAGGGGAGGGAAGAGGAAGAAUUGGGGAAGAUGCAACGUCGACUCUUUGGGGGCGAAGAAGAUGACGAGGAUGUGAGUUGCGAUAUUGAUCUUUGUCCUGCUAUGCUGGAUGUGGUGAUGAGACUUUUUGAUGGGGAGGUCGAUUAUUUGGAUCCCUAGUAAGAUUCUUAUCUCAAAGUCAUUUAAUUUCUACCAUGUCUCGGUUCUUCGAUCAACAGAAUCUCGGGUCUCUUUGACCGUGGAGUUUGGAUGGUCAAUAUAGGGCACGUCAUAUGAAUGAAUGCUUACGCAUUUUUUCUCCCGUACAGGCGUUGUGUUGCAUCAUCGCUCUACGCCCAUUCACCUUCACAUCAAGGAGUCGGAAACAAAUUCAAAAUAUUGAAAUGAGGACACUGGCUCCACGCACCUUCCGACCACCAACACUGCGUCGCACAGAGACAGCACUAUAAGCAUGAGAUCUCAAAAGCACACAUUAUGAUCUGGUCUCAACAAAGGAAAAUAUACAGAUCACUCAGGUUGUGUGUGAGGAUGGACAACUGGAAUCUGCUCAAGAUUUGCGACGGAUCAAUACCUCGCGAUAUCACUCAAUUUUAUUCAACAUGUAUCUCGAAUCCGGAUCGGGAUAUAACACAGUCACUACCACAAAUUUGAUUAUGUUGCCUUCAUUUUAAUUAUCGUUUAUCAACUUCGGAUCUUCAUCGCCAGUCCGAUCAAUUUUUGACCAAAGAAUAUUUAUCUCGCCGAUGCUAUAUACCAACCUCCACACAAUCAACACCUCAUCACCUGCCUGCCACUCUUGAAGCCCAUCCACGCCCAUCGAAAAACUAACCUCAACUCGGAGGCAAAAAAAAAGCAUAAAUAUCAAAUACGAUACCCAUCGAGUGACGACUCGCAACAAAUCUCUCAGGUUACCCACUACAUACUUUAUAUUCCAUUCUCCCCUUACCUCUAUACGCCCCCACUCGAAAGAAAACUCGCACUCCUCAUGCAAAGAAAAUCAACCAAAGAAAAGAAAAGAAAUAUUGAGAAUACAUCUCCACAGACCGCACCUCGCUCUCCACCAAAAGGAAAGGAGUUUGCGAGAGGAGCAAUAUCUAUUUUCUUCUCUUGGUUUUCUUCUCAGAGGUUUCUUAUCUCAAAUUGGGAGGGAAGGGGGGUUGGAUAUAUAGAUAUAAAAAAAAGUACAUAAAAUACGAAAGAGAGAAAGGAUAAAGGAAAAAAUGUCAUUGAGAAUACAUCUCCCUAGACCGUCAAUCUUCCUUUACAUACACACAAAAAAAGAGGCGAUUGUACGAGAGGAGCAAUGGUAUUUUCUUUUCUCCCUUCUUUUUCUUUUUGGUCCUUUUUUUUUUCUGGUGGAUAAUCUAUAUCGGUCAAUUACUUGGUAUGAGAGAUUGGUCCUCAAUAGCUUGAUGGCGAUUUCAUUGGUAGUUUUACUUUUUUUUUUUUUUUUUUCAGCCACAGAAAAAAGAGGAUAGGAGAAGCAAGAAGGGGAAGGAAGGAAGGAUGGAUAUCAUAUACACUGUGAUGAAAAACAAAUCCAACAAUAGCCGUGUGCUCACUUCUCGCGAAGAAAGAAGGAGGAAGAAAAAGAAACCCAGGGUAGGGGAAUGUAAUGAGAAUUCGGGAGUUGUUUGAGCUCGCUUUUGUUGGGGGUAAUUAUGGGGGAAAGUGUGUUGUUUGGAUUUUGGGGGGUUGGUAUUGGAUGGGAUGGGAUAGGAUAGAAUGAGAUAGUUACUAUUUUAACACAUUACAUUAAAAUUUAUUGAUUGAAUAACUUCCUCA